AUGGAUCAUGAUGCUUUUCUUCAUACAGUUGAGAGAUCCUGGGAGGUUGACAUCUUUGGUUCACCAUUGGUGGUUGUGUCUCAGAAAUUAAAAAGGCUGAAGAGAGCUUUGCGCAGUUGGGCGAAAGAGAGCUUUCCAAAUUUUAAUUUGGAUUUGAUGGAUGCAAAAAGGGGUAUGGAGGAUAUUCAGGCUGAAAUCGAUAAAGAUGGAAUAAAUGAUGCGAUUUUUGCAAAAGAAGCGGAUGCUAAGACCAGGUAUCUCAAGGCCCUAGAAAAUUAUGAAAAAUUAUGGGCUGAGAAAUCUCAAUUCAGGUGGAGGGAGCAUGGUGACAGAUGCUCUAAAUUAUUCCAUAUCUCUGUGAAGAUCAAGGCCCUGAAGAAGGAUGAUAGGGAGCUGAUCUCUGACAAGGCGCAAACUGAGGAAUACGUUUCUGAAUAUUUUGAGCUUUUUCAUAAAGGUACCCCUCUAACUGAUCACAUGGAUUUAUUACAAUGUAUUCCUAAUAUUCUGGAUGACUGGGAUAGGGGGCCUUCAGAGGCAGAAAUUAAGAGUGCGGUGUGGGAUCUUGAUCCUGACAGCGCCCCAGGACUGGAUGGUUUCCCUGGAGCCUUUUAUAAAGCUUGUUGGGAAAUUAUAUCUUCUUACAUAUGCAGAGCCAUUAGGUGGUUUUCCAGAACUGGAUUCAUACCCUAUGGAAUUAAUAAUAAUUUCCUGGUCUUGAUUCCUAAAGCGGAGGGGGUGAUAUCUCUCAUCAAGUUCAAGCCUCUGUGUAUGGGUAAUUUCUUGUGUAAAGUUAUCUCGAAGGUGCUAGCCUUGUGA